AUGAUUGACACGAUUGACCACAUUGUUAUCGCCGUGCGGGACCUUGGCGCCGCCAAAUCCACCUAUACACGCAUUCUGGGGCGCGAACCGUCCUGGGAGGGGGAGCAUCCAGGACUCGGCUCCUCCAAUCUCAUCUAUCGCCUCAGAAACACCUAUCUUGAGUUUGUAGCCGCGACCGGCGAGGGCCAAUUCGCCGACAUGAUCCGCACAAAAUUGGAAGAUGAGGGCGAGGGGCUGAUGGGGCUUGUGUUUGGCACGGUGAAUGCGGAUGCCUGCGUCCGUCAUUUGAAGGAUGCCGGGCUUAAUCCCACCGAUCCGAUUCCCGGUGGGGCAAAAGACGCGGCAGGCAAUGAACGCGCCUGGCGUAAUGUGAUGCUUUCCCCGGAUGAGACCGGGGGACUUUUCAUGUUUGUGAUUGAGCAGGCAGACCGUCUGGCAAUCCCCUUGUCUCCGACAGCUGAGGGAGUAAAUGGCCGCGCGGCAGUCGACGCCGUGGAUCAUGUUGUGGUCAAUACGCCGCGGCCGGACGACCUCAUCGCUUUUUUCGAAGGACAGUUGGGACUGCGUCUUGCGCUCGACCACACGAUUGAAAAAUGGGGUGUGCGGCAGCUCUUCUUCCGAGUGGGCAAUGUAACGCUCGAAGUCGUAACACCAACGGCAAAGGACGAAGUGCCGGAGAAGGAUAGUCUUUGGGGCAUCGCUUACCGCGCACCGGACUUGGCCCUCAUGCAGGAACGGCUGACGCAGGCAGGUGUGAAUGUGUCAGGGGUGCGUACUGGACGGAAGAAGGGAACAUUGGUAGCAACCGUGAAGCCUGAAACCCACGGCAUUCCAACACUGCUGAUUGGUCAGGACCCAGCAUUUUAG